AUGGCUUCGACCAACCAGCCAAAGCUGGACUCCGAGACCAUCUCUACGAUUACCCAAAAGGAAAAGGAACUCACUGGCUCUGUUAGCCCUGCUAAAUCUGGUCUCACUGCACAGGCACAAUCUCAUGCUGGCGAACCUCUCAACUCCGACACCAUCUCCUCCAUCACAGCAGGCGAGAAGAAUGUCGUUGGGGAACGCGUCAAGGGCGGUCCCACCGCCGCUGCCCAGUCCAUCCUGACCAAAGCCAAACAAGGAAGUAGGACUGGCCCCCAUAGGGAGACAUCUUCUACAACCGAUGGUGUUCUCCAUGGCGAUACAAUCUCCAACAUCCGCAAAGCCGAGAGUGAGAUCACUGGACGCGAUCAGCCUGUGAGAGGGGGGCCUACUGCACAAGCCCAAAAGCAUACCGGGGAGCCUAUUAAUGCUGAGGUCUUGCACGAUAUCACCAAGGGAGAAACCAAGGUCAGCAGCAUGGAGAAACCUUUGCUAGGUGGACCAACUGCGCAGGCUCAGCACGAUUUAGCCAAGAGCCGAGAGUAA